CGAAACUCGGUGUGCGUGGUGACGUUAGGAGGCGAAGUUAUCGACCAAUCCGGCGCGAUGAGUGGCGAUGGUCAUAAAGUAUCUAAAAGCGCUAUGAGCUCGAGAUUUACUUCUGAAAAGAGAUUUUAUGAGAACCUUGGAUUGUUAGAUUCUCAACUUCAAUAUAAAAAGGAUGAAAUUCCUAAAUUGGAGGUUGAUAUAUUGAAGUUGGAAAUGGAUGCUGACGCUUAUGCUCAAGUAGGAUUGCUUUCAGCAAAACAUGAUGAUAUGAAGCAACAUUUGAGAUGA